UAGAAACGGCCCUCUUUUAAAGUUCCUGGGGGAAGAGUGGAAGGACCCGGUCAAACCGAAGGGAAGGGGCCAGGCUAGAGCACAGAGGAUUAAUAUUUACAAGCUUUCCUUCCCUGGGGUUCGUUGUUCAACAAAAGUCAAGGUGCAGCACAGAAAACCAAGGUCUCCACUGCCGAGAACGUCAGAAAAUAAAGAAAAUGGCGGAGCCAGACAAAUUAAACAUCGAUUCUAUAAUUCAACGUCUUUUGGAAGUCAAGGGUUCUCGGCCAGGGAAAAACGUCCAGCUGACCGAGGGGGAGAUCCGUGGUCUGUGCUUAAAAUCCCGUGAAAUCUUCCUGAGCCAGCCGAUCCUGCUGGAGCUUGAGGCUCCUCUCAAAAUCUGUGGUGAUGUCCAUGGUCAGUACUAUGAUUUGUUGAGGCUCUUUGAAUAUGGAGGCUUCCCUCCAGAAAGCAACUACCUGUUCCUGGGUGACUAUGUAGACAGAGGAAAGCAGUCACUAGAGACCAUCUGCCUGCUUCUGGCCUACAAGAUCAAAUAUCCAGAGAACUUUUUCCUGCUGCGUGGAAACCACGAAUGCGCCUCUAUUAAUCGAAUCUACGGAUUUUAUGAUGAGUGUAAGCGACGGUAUAACAUAAAGCUGUGGAAGACAUUCACAGACUGCUUCAACUGUUUACCUGUGGCUGCCAUUGUAGAUGAGAAAAUCUUCUGCUGUCAUGGAGGCCUCUCUCCUGAUCUUCAGUCCAUGGAGCAGAUCCGCAGAGUAAUGCGACCCACAGACGUGCCUGACCAGGGUUUGUUGUGCGACCUGCUGUGGGCCGAUCCUGACAAAGACGUGCUGGGCUGGGGGGAAAACGACCGUGGUGUCUCCUUCACAUUCGGGGCAGACGUGGUGGCCAAAUUUUUGCACAAACACGACAUGGAUCUAAUAUGUAGGGCACACCAGGUUGUAGAAGAUGGUUAUGAGUUUUUCGCAAAGAGGCAACUUGUCACUCUAUUCUCGGCUCCAAACUACUGUGGAGAGUUUGACAACGCCGGUGCCAUGAUGAGUGUGGAUGAGACACUCAUGUGCUCCUUUCAGAUUCUGAAGCCAGCAGAUAAGAAAUUGUAUCCUUAUGGUGGAGGGGGAGGAGUGGGCUCUGGGCGACCGGUCACCCCACCACGAAAUUCAGCCAAGGCCGCCAAGGCCAAGAAAUAACACCUGCUUGCUCCUGCUCUUACACCCUGCCAGGCCCCCCGACCCCUGUUGGCCCAACGCUCUUUUUUUCCUCUACCUCCCAAACUUGUUUCUCCCUCGUCACCAAAAGUAAACAAAGCAGACAAAUGUC